AUGGAUAUGGAAAUCGAUGGAACAGACGGGAAACCAUAUGUACUUAUAGAGCCUCGUAAACUACCAAUCACGAAAGGGUCACGAAACAAAGAAAACUAUACAAACGGAGACUCUAUAAACUCCGUUUUGGACAAUUUUUUUGAGCCCAAAACAGGGAUAGUUUAUGAUAAACGGAUGCGGUAUCACGGAAAUAUUCAUGAAGACGAGCACCACCCAGAAGAUCCAAAGAGGAUUACCGUUAUUCAAGAAAAAAUUAAAAAUACUGGCUGUUUAAAUAAAAUGGUUUUGAUAAAAGCUCGUGAAGUUUUGCGCGAGGAAGCCUGCCUUGUACACACAGAAGACCACUGGGACUUUGUUGCAAAGACAGCACAAAUGAGUGAUAGCGAAUUAAUAAAGAUGGCAGAUGAACAUAAUUCUAUUUAUCUUAACAACGAGACAGCAUUUUGUGCAAGAUUGUCAUGCGGUGGUGUAAUUGAACUAUGCAAAGCAGUUAUUGAUGGAACUGUUACAAACGGGUUUGCAAACGUUCGUCCUCCAGGUCAUCAUGCGGAAAUAAAUGAACCAAUGGGAUUCUGCUUUUUUAAUAAUGUAGCGGUUGCGGUUCAAUGUUUGAGAAAACAUUAUAAUAUAGACAAAGUUUUCAUUCUUGAUUGGGAUAUUCAUCACGGAAAUGGUACGCAAAAAGUUUUCUAUAAUGAUCCUAAUGUGGUAUACUGUUCGAUACAUCGAUAUGAGAACGGAGACUUUUAUCCUGGGGAUAGAGCAUUAGCUAAUUAUACAGCCAUAGGUGGAGGUGAGGCCAAAGGCAAAACGAUAAAUAUACCAUGGCCACGCGCGGGAAUGACAGAUAGUGAUUAUAUUUUCGCGUUUAACAAAGUGGUGAUGCCUAUAGCUUACGAAUUUUCACCAGAUAUUGUAAUUGUAUCAGCAGGUUUUGAUGCUGCCGAAGGCGAUCCUAUUGGUGAAAAUCAUGUGUCACCAAAUGGAUUCGGGCACAUGACUCAUAUGUUGAAGAAUUUGGCUAACGGCAAACUUAUCUUGGCCUUGGAGGGCGGCUACAAUCUUGAUUCUAUAUCAAAAUCUGCACUCGCUUGUGUCAAAGUUUUACUCGGGGAGCCGCCAUGCAAAUUAGGCCCAAUAAUUCCCAGUCAAGAUUGUAUGGAGACAAUUCAUCAAGUUAUUCGUACACAAUCGAAAUAUUGGAAUUGUCUUGCUCCGGUAUAUUAUGCUACUGAAGAUCGGUUACCUGGGCAACUACUUGUUGACAUGGCAGAGAUGCUUAAAAUGUAUAGGACAAAAAAUUUAUAUUCGAAAUACAAGUUGAUUCCAGUACCAUUAUCGGAUGGUAAAUUAGGACAGCGGUUUACAAAUUUGGCUUGUUGCAGUGGCGAUCUGUAUCAUAAAGAAGUUGUAUUUUUUUUUGUUCACGACAUGGCGGAUUUCAGGGCUGAUACACGUGCCACGUCAAAUUCAAUCAAUGUUUCAAAUUCAUACAUGAUAGACACGGUUUAUUUAUAUAUUGAGACAAUAUUAAACAAUAAUCACGGGAUCAUUGAUGUCGAUAUUCCUCCGAUUAUUAGUCAACCAAAAAACGAAAAUCAAGAUUUGAGAGAAUUACUAAUAUUCUUAUGGGACAAUCUUAUAGAUGCGUCAAAUACAAAAAAAGUCGUUUUGAUAGGAGCUGGUCGUGGUUGUCGAAGUUUAACAGGACUUAUUAGUGAGAGAGAUUACAGCAUUAUGGAAAAAGUGGUGUGCACAAUCAUGAUACCUGGACCUAACGAAGUUCCAUCUGUAUCUAAAAGAGCAGACCUUUCCACUUGGUAUCAAAGUAAUGCUAAUGUGUUAUUACCAGCAAAUCAUCUAUUUUGGGAAAAGAAGAUUAAGAAAGAACAUGGAACUUGUAGUAAAAUAGAAGAUUUGAACAAUAUGCCAGUUCAAGACAUGCUUGUACAUUUGCAUAAUGAUAUGUUUUCUCAUAUAAAUCAAAUAUUGGUGAAUGGUGGGCCUGCAAAUCCCUCGAGUGAAGAAGUGAAUAAUUAA